AUGAUUUACAAAGGUCCAUGUGGUGCUGGAGCCUGCAUUCUUCUUCCAAACACAGAAGUUAUAGAACUGAAACAACCAGUAUCAAAAUUAUCAUCAAUUUUAGUAGGAGAACUGGUUGCCAUUAAAAUAACACUUCAAGCCCUACUUACUGAGAUUGGAAGAUUUGAAAUAAAUAAGAUAAAAAUACUUAGUGAUAGUCAGUCCGCUGUUGGAAUUAUUGAUCUUGGCUGGGAAAAUAAGACACACAAAUUCCUGUCAACAGAGAUACUCCAGUUGAGGAAAGAGCUUGAAUUAGCAGAUGUUACUGUCAAUUUUGAUUGGACUCCUGGUCAUGCUGGCAUAAAAGGGAAUGACAUUGCUGACGGACUUGCAAAAGAAGCAGCAAAAGAAGCUGAGGAAAUGGAAACAGAAGAUUCACUCCUUGUAACAAGUCAAAGUGACAUUCGCCACUCAGCUAGAGAAUCAGUCCGCAUUAAAUGGCAGAGAAGAUGGGAAAUUGUUGAAACUGGCAGGCAUCUCUAUGGACUCAAGCCUCAAGUCCAGCCCAAAAAAAUUAACUUCCAUGGCUUGAGCAACCAAAGACAGUUACUUCAACUACAAAGUGGAUAUUGCCUCAAUGAUUAUCUGAACAAGAUUGGGGCCAAAAACACAAGUCUAUGUAAUUGUGGAGAAGUUGAGACAGUAACACAUUUUAUAGAGGACUGUACCCUGUAUGAGGCAUCAAGAGAAAACCUGAAGAAAGAAAUAUUCCUAAAGACAGGAAUAAGUGUAUUUACAAAAGAACUAUUGCUUUCAGACAUACAAGAAGACCAAUUCAAAGACCAUAGGCAAGAGUUGUCAAAUAUUGCAAAUGAAUUUGUCAAAUUAUCCAAAAGAUUUUAA